GCGCACCUGGGCGACACGGCCCCGCCCUCUCCGCCCCAUCCGCCGCCGCGGGGACGCGGGCGCUUCUCCGCUCCUGGGGCGGUGGGCUCCGGCCGCGUCCCCGAUCUCUGGCGGCGGCGCCGUCCGCGGCAAGAGCACCCCCCUCCCCGGGGGGGGGGGGGGCAUAGCGCCAGGCUCCUCAGAGGAGGAGGAGAAGCAGCAGGCGGCGGCGGCGGCCGUGUUCCGCGGCGCGGCCUCCGCGCCCUCCCCGUCCCGAUCGGCCGGGCUCCGCCUGCGCCCGCUCGCCGCCGGGUGGACGCUGGGCUCCCGCGGCGCGAUGUCGGCGCGGCGGCGGCGGAGGGCGGCCGCUGAGGAGGAGGAGGAGGAGGAGGAGGAGGCGAAUAGCGACAAGGAAUUGGAUUUGGAAGACAGACUUGGUGAGUUGGAUCUUAGAAGUGAUUCAGAUAUUCCUGAUGUUCCUCCACCAAUAGACAGCACUCCAGAAAUCCUCAAAAGGGCUUUGUCAGGCUUAUCUGCCAGGUGGAAAAAUUGGUGGAUUCGUGGAAUUCUCACUCUAGCUAUGAUUUCUGUGUUUUUCCUGAUCAUAUACCUGGGAUCAUUUAUGCUGAUGCUUCUGGUCUUAAGCAUCCAAGUGAAGUGUUAUCACGAAAUCAUUACUAUAGGUUACAGAGUCUACCACUCAUACGAUUUACCAUGGUUUAGAUCCCUCAGCUGGUACUUUUUGCUGUGUGUGAACUACUUCUUUUAUGGAGAGACUGUAGCUGACUACUUCGCUACAUUUGUUCAGAGAAGAGAACAGCUUCAAUUCCUAAUUCGUUACCAUAGAUUUAUAUCUUUCACACUCUAUUUAACAGGCUUCUGCAUGUUUGUUUUGAGUUUAGUGAAGAAACAUUAUCGUCUGCAGUUUUACAUGUUCGCAUGGACUCAUGUCACUUUGCUGAUCACUGUAACUCAAUCUCAUCUUGUCAUCCAAAAUCUCUUUGAAGGCAUGAUCUGGUUUCUGGUUCCGAUUUCAAGUGUUAUCUGCAAUGAUAUUACUGCUUACAUUUUUGGAUUCUUCUUUGGCAGAACUCCAUUAAUUAAGCUGUCUCCCAAGAAGACCUGGGAAGGGUUCAUUGGAGGCUUCUUUUCCACAGUUGUAUUUGGAUUUAUUUUUUCCUAUUUUUUGGCUCAACAUCAGUACUUUGUCUGCCCUGUGGAGUAUAACAGUGAAACCAACAGAUUUGUGACAGAGUGUGAACCUUCAGAGCUCUUUCAGAUGAAGAAGUACUCUGUACCACCAUUGCUUCAGGCUGUGUUGGGAUGGGAAACGGUGAAUAUGUACCCAUUUCAGAUGCACAGCAUUGCACUGUCAACAUUUGCCUCAUUAAUUGGGCCAUUUGGAGGAUUCUUUGCCAGUGGAUUUAAAAGAGCUUUCAAAAUCAAGGAUUUUGCGGACACAAUCCCUGGGCAUGGUGGGAUAAUGGAUCGCUUUGAUUGUCAGUACUUGAUGGCCACUUUCGUUCAUGUCUAUAUCACCAGUUUCAUAAGGGGUCCAAAUCCCAGCAAAUUACUGAAACAGCUGUUGGUACUUCAGCCUGAGCAACAACUAAGUGUGUACAAAACCCUGAAAUCUCACCUCGUCGAAAAAGGGAUCCUGCAGCCAUCUCUGAGAGGGUAGUUUGUCAAAGUGGAGGACUAGAAGAAACCUCCAUUUACAAGAAGCCUGUGGAAAAGCAUUGCAAAUGUGCACAUAGAUAAUAGCUAAAGGAAGAGUAGUUUGUGGUGUGGAAGAGGUGAAUGUUUCCUGAAAUGAAUGUGAAUUCUGUGACUUCCUAUUAGGAGACAGAAAAUCUCUUACUCCUAAAAUAAUUAAAGUGCUUGCAGAGUACAUGUGCUGUAUAUUUUAGUUCCUGAAGUGGAUGGCAGCAGUCUUCCUUCAGCACCCAGGCUGACAGGCUUUGUAUUUAAAAAAAGAAGUAAUAAAAUUCACCAUUAGUUUUUAACAAGUUAUUUAAUAUUUUAUACCUUAGCAAUACUUUUUUGGUCUGCAGUGGUUACUGAAGUGUAAACAGGUGAGGCAGGUGGUCACUUUUCUGCAGCCCAGGGCUGAAAUUACAAUUGGCCAGAAAAUACUUGAUAGCCCUGUCAAAGAGGGCUGUAUCAGACUACCUGUACUUACUAAAUCACUAUGAAGGUUAAACUUAGCUAUGUUUUUUCUUAAACAGCUUUCUUAUGAAACUAUUUCAUGCUUUCAAGAGGAAAGUACAUUUACUGAAGUAUAGCUGGGCUGUUUGGGCUGUGGAGCUGCUAUUUUUUUGGUUGAUGUUACACAUUAUAAACAAGCGUCAACAUCCAAGAGUAGAUACUACCUGAGAAAACGGGAUUCUCCAACCCAGUAAACAGAUUGGAGAGAAUCUAGAGUUUAAGCCCUCGGUUUUCACAGCCUGUUCAGUGUCUGAAGACAGUAAUUCAAGCCUUAUUCCUUGUGCCUCUUAACUACCAUGUAGAAUGGGGGUAUUUCCUUGUUUUUAAAAGCCCUUUGAGGUCCUGAGUAAAAAGUGAAGUUUAAGUGCUGUUUCAUUAACCUGUUACUCAAUGAAGGCAGAAACUUUUAUCUCAUGAAUGUGCACAGUGCAAGACAGGAUGCAUGGUUCUUCUGAUGUGUGGUAUUAUUCAUUAAGAAGAUCCUCAAGCAAGCUUGGGUAAACACAUAGGUGUUUGAAUGGAGAAUUUUUAUAGAAAGUCGCUAUUCUGUAGACUUAGUGGGGCAUAUGAGGAAAGCUGUAAUUCUCAAUCCUAGCUGUUUUCUAACUUUUUUCAUCACAUGAUGAAAAAAGUUAGAAAUGAUGCAAAUAAAAAUAUAAACAUUUUUUGAAAUUACAAAAAUCACUCCUAUACAAACAGAAAGCACAAAUGCCGAUUUUGUUUUGGUAUACUGUAACCUGUUACAAUUUAAUUUUUCCAACUAAUUGUAAAUAAGUUCCUCCUCGGGUGAACGUACUGAGGCCACAUAUAUGUGUGUGUAUAUAUACAUAUAAAAUAUUAAAAGGUAUAUGUACAUAUAUAUUAAAGGUGAAAAUUUUAAAUGGUUGGUGCUACUUGAGGACAAAACCAUGAGGAAAAUCACUAGGUUGGGGAUAAGCUGUAUCUGUAAAAUUCAGACUGCUCUUUGUUGAGCACCAUGCAGCUGAGACCACCGUGCACUCUGUUUUGCACUUAGGCCAUGGUAGCGUGUGUACAGCUUGUGUAUGGAAAAGCACCCCUGUACAUGGCUAUGAAGCAAAAUCCAGGUCUAAAGUAAUUCCUGUUGAUGUCAGGUAUUUGACAGAAUUGAAUUAUGUCUGACCUGGAGAUUGCAGUACUGUACUGUAGAAACACUCCAAGAGGUGAAAAAUGUCGCCAGCUGCUUGUCUGUCAGCAGCUGUGCAACUUGGCUUAUUAAUUGGAGGUGGCUGAAUUUCAGCCCUUCCACUGGAAGGGCAUAGCCUGAGGUUAAAAGGUGGCACAACCAGGAAGUGGGACAUGUGGAAAUGUGCUUUAAAAAGAAGGGAAGGAAAAAUGAAAAGGCGACCAAAGUAGCAUACCUGGAAAACUAAAUUUUACAUGAGGCUUUGGUUAUGUACAGGACUUUGGCAGAUGCUUAUGAAAAACCACAGCCGUAUUGGAGCUGGUGUAUCUUCAUCCUGGGUAUUUAAAAAAAAAAAAAAAAAUUUAAAAUUAUAUGUAGAAUAUAAUGUAUAGAAAGGUAAUUGUUACUUUGGAAACUUGAACUUUUUAGUGUAAUUUUAUAGCAUGUAUAAUAAGGAAGUAAAAAUAUAUUUUAGCAUUUAAUACAACAGAGCAUUUGAAAUUAAUUGCUAUCUAUUUGCACAAUAGAAAGUUCAACACUGCAAUUUGCUGUUCAAUGUUAAAAUGAAGAAGGGAUCACUUGUGAACUCACUCAUCAAUUUUCUGCAUAGAGUAAUAGCUUUCUGCUGGCUUAGGCUUGGUGUAAAUAAAGCUCAGCAGGACUUGUCACUGUGAAGUGACAACUACACUUGCUUACUAUGAAGUGCAUUUACCCCUCUUGUUAAUUCUGUUAGUUCAAGCACUGCAACAUGAUCAACAGCAAAGUUUAACUUUUUACACUAGUGAUUCUUUUCACUUGCACUUUUGCUCCAAGUUGCUAUGAUUACCCACUGAGCAAGAAAAAAUGUAUAUUAUGUAAAUAUUGUAAAUUAUAAGAGCAUAUGAUGUGUGUUUUAGUUUGACUGUUUCAAUCUUUCAUUGAAGCAGGCAUUGUAAGAAAAAAAAAAAAUAAAACUGGGA